AUGACCACAGUCUCUCCAUUCGCGCGCAGCACCGUCUUUGAUGAGCCCCGCCUCGGUGGUCGUGAGCAGACCAUCGAGGAGAUGUACAGUGUACCGGAGAGCUUCCUAGAGAUUGAAGUACGGAACCCCCAAACCCACGGCUUCGGACGGAAGAUGUACACUGAUUAUGAGAUCGUGUACCAAUAUUCCCGCUUUCAAGCUGCGCCACUCGUUGUCCGCCGCCGCUACUCUGAUUUUGAGGCAUUCCGUGACAUACUCGAGCACGAAUCGACCCGCGUCAAUAUCCCUCCUCUACCAGGCAAGGUCUUCACGAACCCGAGAAGAGAGGGACUGGAACGCUUCCUUACUGUCGUCGCUGGCCACCCGCUUUUGCAGACCGGCAGCAAAGUAUUGUGUGCCUUCCUGCAGGAUCCUGCCUGGGACAAGAAUCAAUGGGCCUGA